AUGGACGCGUACAGGAUUUCCCAUUUGGACGGCGAUCCGGAUUCCGUCGAGGGCUUGGGCAUGCUGGGCCAGAGGGCCGCCUCCGCUAGGGGCACGGGGAGCGGCUGUAGCGGCUAUGGCGGAGGCGGAAAUUGCUGUAGCUGCGGCGUCGUCGCUACGGCCGCCUGUGUCCCGGCAGCUCACUUGCCCGCUUGGGCUUUGGCAACGGAACACGCGCGGGAAUCGGCGGCGGACUUGGCGAUGGUUUCCCCAUGUCGCAAUGGCGCCGUCGGCGUCGGCGGUUGCUACAGCAGUGGCCCAUCAGCUUGGCGCGAAGCGACGACGACGUCAACGCUGCCGUCUGCCUGCGCGGCGGCGGCGUUCCGGAACGGGCCCCGCGCCGCCGCCGACUUCCCUGACGGGUUGGCGGCUCCCCAGCGCGGUGCUGGUGCUCGCAACUUGUUGUUCCCCGCUGAAGCCCCGCAGCGGCCGAACAGCUGUAGUGCGGCUGCGACGCGCAGCGUCGCUGCAGGCAGCAGCAGCAGCGGCGGCGGCGGCCAUGUCUUAGCUAGCGGCAGCAGCGGCCUUGCCAUAGGCAGCGGUAGCGGCAGCGGCGGCAUCGCCGCUGCCGCCGCCAGCCAUCGCAGCUUUUCCGCUCGUAGUACCCGCGAGUCAGCCGGCAGCGCUGUCGUACCGUCGUUGGCGCUGGGAGCCACUGGGAGCUCCGCCGCCGCCGCCGCCACUGCGGCGCAGGUGGCAGCUCCGGCGCCAUGCCCUGCGGGCCCCACGCACCCUAGCUCCCCCUCUCGCCUCUCACGUUUCUCAGGCGGGUUGACUUCCCCUACCCCCGGGGGUCGACACUCGGCGUUGGGACACCCCGCCAACCUGGCAAGCCCCACGGGACGUACACACCAAGGCAAUUCCAAGGAGCCGCCGCCUCCGACGGCGCUUGCGCUGGCGAUCCGUUCCGACCGACCCACGGGUCGCCAGCAGGACAGCUACGUUCCUGCGGGGCCUGAGGCGGGGUUACCUGUACCUGAGGGGCCUGGGGGCCUACCGCCUAAACGGCGGCUUAACCUGGGUGAGGGGGGAAGAGCGCUAGGGGCUGGCGGCACUUACGUUGCCGACGGAAGUGGAAGCUACCCUGGCCAGUACGGCGACCAGAAACUGCAAGAGUACGAGCAUCAAGAGGCGCUGGGGGGGUCCAGGGCCCGCGUCUAUGACGGUGGUGACACCUGUAUGUGUGUUGGCCGGCCCGCCGCUACCGCCGCCGCCGGCAUGGCGGCAGGCGGCGGCUGCGGGUGUGUUGCUGCGAGUUACCGUUGUGAUACAACGGCCGACCCCAACACGGGUAACGAAAAUGGAAACGCCAUCGUUGCCGUUGCCGAUGGUAAAUUCCAAACUCAGCCGCCGGUGCCGCCGCUGGAGUUCGCCGCCGCCGCCGCCGCCAACCCCGUUCACGGGCAUGGACCGGUUUCGGAGCAUCGUUACCCCGCUUGUGGUUCCCUGGGGGGAGGGUCGGAUGCCUUGUACGGCAGCCCCGGCUCUAGCGCCGUGUCCCUUUCUUUAUGGCACACGCACUCUGCCACAGGCAGCGGCGGCGGUCUCGUACGGCAGAGUUACGGAGCGGGCGCGCGCGUCGGCAGCCCGGCAGAAUUGCGUUUCAGCGCUAUGGGCCGCUUGGGUCCGGAAUUGGGUCUGGGUGUCAUAGCCGGCUGCGAUGAUGCGGAGCAGCGUCCCGUGAAUGCAAGGACGCAAGCAAGACGACGAACUGACGGUCCCGCCACGAUUCUCACGACGGUGGCUGCGGCCACAGCCACCGCAAGUGCCGGCGGUAGCCUUCUCCUCCGUGCCAGCAGUAGCAACAGUGCUAGCAAGCCUUUACUUCGGAGCGGCGCUACCGGCGGCGGGAUUUUCCCUGUUGGCGUUACUGUCGGUAGCGGCGGUCCUCGUGCCCUGCGGCGUACGGGCAGUUCCGUACGUAGCGGGGAGGGUACGGCAGUCAUGCUGGCGGCGGAAGGCGGGCGCCCCAGUGGCAGCGGCAGCUGUUGGCAGCUGUUGCCGGGUGGCUUCAGCACCGGCGUGCAGAGUACGGGAAGCAGCGGCGGCGGACAUUUAUGCUCGUCCAUCAGCCUGGCGGGAGGUAUUCCCCCGACUGCUGCCGCCGGCAGCUACAGCAGCGUCACCGCGCAGCCGGAUCUCCUUGUACGGCAGCCGUCGCGGCUUUCAAGCUGCGCUACUGGGGACAGCGCCAAUGGGGCAAAUUUGGCGGAUACGUCCCCGUUCAGCUCCCCCCCGGGGGGGUCCUACUCCCCCGUGCCUGCCAAGGAGAACCCGUAG